UCUGGAGGCAGUCCCGAAAAGGACUUUGAGGGCACCAACCCCCACCAAUCGUCUGGGCAAUCCUACCCUGAAGCGUUCGGAAAGCCUCAAGGAGAACCUGGACCACCACCCAAAACGACAGAGGGCUGCUGCUCCCACCUCAGCCGCCACUGCGGCAAAACAAAUCGUGGAUCUCAAGAAGCGCCGCCGGCGAUCAAGGUCAACCUGCGACGUCGGCAGAGCACCAUUGACAUCGGCAGCAUCCAGGAACGCCCUCAAGGCCAGUGGUUCCACCUCCACGCUUGGUUCCUUGGCCUCCAAGCACAAAGGGUCUACCAUGUCCGUGGCCCCCUCUGCCCCUAAGAGCAAGGGCUCCGGCAGCUCUGCUGCCCUGGCACCGUCUGCAGCGGGCAAACGCAAGCCGUGGGACCUGCAGGGGAGGGUCAAGGACCUGGAGGAGCUGCUAAGCUCCGUGGCCGGGGACAAGAAGGAGCUGCAGAUCCUCCACAAGGAGAAGGAACAGCAGGUGGAGGUGCUGAUAAAGGACAACUCGGAGCUGCAAGUGCAGCUAGAGCAUGUCAAGAGGCUGACACUGGAGAAUGACUCUCUGAAGGAACAGCUCAGGCACAAGACCAACGAGGUGGCAAAGGUAACAGCCGAACUUGAGAGCACCAUGACCAAGCUCGAGUGCUGCCAGAGAGAGAAGCAGUCCCUACAGGAGACGGUGUCUCAACUCACCGGGAACUAUGCAGGGCUACGAGCGGAACACUCGGCGAUGCAGCUGCUGCUUCAAAACGAGCAAGAGAAGUGUUCGCGGCUUGCAGAGUCUCUCCGUCAGAGCCAGGAACGGGAGGCAGAGAAGGACCGGCAGCUGCAGGACGCAGAGAUGAUGCGUCGUGACCUGCAUAACACGCUGCAAGAGUUGAAGGGAAACAUCCGCGUCUUCUGCCGGGUGCGGCCAAUGCUUCCGUCGGAGGAGAGGGAGGGCGAGCGCCCGAGCCGCAUCUCGUUCCCAGACGAGAAGACGGUGGAGCUGGUCAAGCCCGACACAGAGAAGGUGAUGGCGUUCCCCUUCGACCGGGUCUUCCCGGGCUCCGCGACCCAAGCGGAGGUCUACGAGGAGGUGACACACGUCGUACAGUCUGCGCUGGACGGCUACAACGUGUGCAUCUUCGCCUACGGCCAGACCGGAUCCGGGAAGACCUUCACGAUGGAGGGUCCGCCAGACCUGGACCUGGGCUGCCCAAACGACUCGCAGCUGGGGCUGAUCCCCAGGGCCCUCCAGCAGGUGUUCAUGUCGGCGCAGGAGCUCCAAAACACCCAUCACUGGGAGUUCACAAUGGUGGCGUCAUACUUGGAGAUCUACAACGACAAUGUGCGAGACCUCCUGUCGACGCGCCCCCGGAGAAAGCAGACCGCCUGCCAGAUCAAGCAGGAGAAGGACGGCUCGAUGAUGGUGACCAACGCCACCAAAACAACUGUCACUUCUCCCGAGCAGAUCUACGAGCUGCUCCGGCAGGCUCGCAAGCAUCGGGCUGUCGGGGCCACCCAGUGCAACGAGCACUCCUCCCGCUCGCACUCGGUCUUCCAGCUCCGCAUCACGGGGACCAACCGCCAAACCGGUGUGGGCAGCCGAGGCCUGCUGAACCUGGUGGACCUGUGUGGCAGCGAGCGACUUGACGAGUCCAAGGCGGAGGGUGCCAGGCUCCGGGAGACCCAGCACAUCAACCGCUCCCUCUCGAACCUGGGCAACGUCAUCCUGGCACUCUCCCAGAAGGCGGAGCAUGUGCCAUACCGCAACUCCAAGUUGACCUUCCUCCUGAUGGACAGCCUGGGAGGGAACAGCAAGACCCUCAUGCUGCUCAACGUCUCUCCCCGUGAGAAGAACCUGGCAGAGACGAUCAACUCGCUGCGCUUUGCCACAACGGUGAACCAGUGCGACAUCGGGACAGCACACCGGACAAUGCAGGCCUCGUCCCAUUAUUAAUGGCCUGCUGCCAUUU